CGCCGCCCACCAACCCUAGAGAGCCGUUCGCAGCAGGCCGGAACGAGAAUGAGAUGGUUAUCAUCGUCCAAGAUAAUUCAUUAUCGGAGAGUGCUGCCGCUGCCGAAGAAGAAGAAGACGACGACUGUGAGGCCCACGCUGAAAAUGGCGCUGAACCGAAGGAUCGGCGACGCAAUUUAGAAGAAUUCGACGACGACAUCACCGAAUUAGUCGGGGAAGAUGGCAUCCAACCUACGAGGCGAUCGUUCUCUGCAGACUCUCAUCAUCAUCAUCGGGGCGGCAAGGUCUCGAUCGCGGAUGUUCUUCAGGCGAGCACGGAGGACGAGCUGUUAGCAGCAGCGAAGGAGAACGGCGUCUUGGUGGGCGGCGGCUGCUCAUCGAGACGGUGCGCGGGGGAGAAUAGUAAGGAGAGUAGCACGAUCAGGGCAUUGCAUUGCGUUAUUAGCCCCGAGCCGACGAAGCGGUCGGCCCCGAGCGGGAGACUCUGCUUCACUACCCAUGGAAGGGAAAAGAAACUUACCACAACCCUUCCCAUAUGAAGAAGAGGAUCAUCAUAAUACUCCGCAUGAUGCAUAGAGUUACAAAUUUACAGAGUUGUUUCAAAAGGGAGGGAGGAAGCGUAUAUUUUUUUGGGCUCUCAAACUGUUCAAUUCAAUUGGGACGAAUGGCUCUCCGCACUGAUGAGAGGAAAUUAAUUCUCUUCUCCGAUCUCUCUCGGUAAGGAGGGCUCUCUGUUUGCUCUAAAAGGUAUGAGUGACUCCCCGCAUUGCUCAUGUUUUUGGUCUUGUGGAUAUUUGAUAGAUUUUGGAUUAGUUCUGUGGUUUCUUUUGGUUCUCUCUUAAUACAAUUUCUUCAAUCCUUCUUGCAUGCCCCCAAAUUCUAAGGCCGAAGAUCAUGGUAUUAAGCCAAUUAGGUGGUCCGAAAAAAAAAAAAAAAAAAAAAGGGGCUAAGUAAGUUUUGGUAUUUGAUGGGAACAGUGACAGGUUACUUUCUCAUUAUGGUCCUUAAAAUUGAAAUAAUUUUUUAUGACUUGUAUCACUGGUUUGUUGGGCCCCCUGCCACCGCUAGCUCCUAUAUUAUAAUUAAUAAACAAGUAUUUUUAGCGUCUU